UUAUCAAUUGUAGUAUUUGGUUUGACCAAUUCUUGUAAAUGUGAAAUAAAUACUACUCCAGUUCAGUCCAGUUGACUUGGCCCAUUUCUCUCUCUGUUUCCUCGUCUAAAUCUGACAGAGUGACAGUACAUCAUACAUCUUAAAUUGGAGCUUUCUUCUGUUUUCCUGAUUGACCAGAAUCUUUCUGUAGUUUUCUAGUUUGGUUUUUUAACUUUUUUGUCCAAGAUCGGAACUUUUCAUGUGGGAAUAAACUUCCUCAGUUUACUAGAAGAUGGGUUCAAUCCAAAAAACAGUUCACUAUUGCUCAGUAUCUAAAGGGGGUCAACUUCUAUAUGCAUAUAAUAAUGGUGAAGAUCUUGAGAUUGAGAACUUGGCUGCAUUGUGCUUAGAAAGAAUUCCUCCUUUUCAUAAAUGGUAUUUUCAGACCAUGGCUAAAAAGAUUUUUGGGUUUUUGAUUGAAGUUGAUGAGCAUGUUUAUUUUGCUAUUGUAGAUGAGGGUCUUGGUAAUGUUGAAGUUUUGAGGUUUCUUGAACAAUUAAGGGAUGAAUUUAGAAAAUUGUCUAAAAAGGGUUCUUGUUGGACUAUGUCUAAUCUAAACUCACUUUGUUUACAAGAAAAAUCAAUUCCUGUAAUUUUACCAUAUCGAAAUGUCAAUGGGCAAAUUGAGGGUUGUGCUUUAACAAAAGUGUUGUUAUUGGGCAAGCCUAGUAGACAAGAAAAGAAGAAAAAGAAGGAUCAUGUAAUUGCUAUGAGAGAUAAUGAGGUGGAGGAGGAGCAAAAAUCUACGGAACAAGUUAUGGUUGAUUCAGCAGUUCCUCCAAUUUUGUCGCAGAAAGAGUUGAGCUUGGUAAGGACCAUAUCAAGAUCUCAAAACUUUCAAAGGAGGUGGUGCCGCCAUGUACGCAUUGUCCUUGCAAUUGAUGCUAUGGUAUGUCUUGUGUUGUUUGUUAUCUGGUUAGUUAUUUGUGAAGGUACAAAGUGCCUUCACUAAAGUUGUGCUGCUGAUGGAAACCUUAUCUUCUCUAAAUGGUUGGAGCCAAGGAGGUUAUUGCUCGAACUUUUUGAAGUAUUUCAGCACAGUGUUGCAUCACGAUAAGCAUUUCUAUGAAAAGUGGAUAAUAAAAUUAACAGAUCAAGCAGUUUUUUUUACACUUACAUCAACUACAAUUUGCCUCUCUACCGUCCCAGGGUAGGAGUAAGGUCAGCGUAUAUACCACCCUCCCCAGGCCCCACUUGUGGGAUUCCACUGGGUUUGUUGUUGUUGUUGUUGUUGUUGUUAUAUCAACUACAAGUUUCAUCAAAGUAUAGUUAAAAACUCAUGUUGUACAGGAAUCACUUUGGAUGGACAGAGUUGGUCUAUUAUUGUCCAAGUUAGUUGCAGCUUCGUCGUUACUCCUUGUGACUGCCAUAUGAGUGCUUCAUUUAAAUAUGUUAAGUGUUCUUUCUUUUCUAUUUGGAUUGAGACGGGGCUAUUUGGAGCAAUAUGGAGCUAACCCCGACUUGUUUGAGGUUGAGGCAUAGUAGUAGUAGUUGCAGUUUUUUCUUUUCCAUUGCAUCAUGUGUAUAUACAAAUGCCUGGUUACACGCCUAAAGAUAUUUUUGCUGCUUUCUUCGAUUAAAAGUUUGCUCUGAAAUUAAAUAAUACAACAUUUCUUCUUCUGCUAUGUGAACUAUUUCUAUGUUUCUUCCACAUCGAUAAUAAGUCGGCUUAUCCUAUAGCAUUUCUUAUGAUCUCUUGAGCAUAAUAAAUAAAUGUGUUUGAGGCAGAGACAAUUGUCAUUCUAAUUCUACUGUGAGUGUUUUCCUUUAUAUCUUUUAUUCUUGAAGGGUAAUUGCCAAAUUUUGGGUCGGGUGAGGGACUGUAGGCCGUAUCCCUUAGCUUUGCUGGAGAAGUGGUUUGAGGAACAUCUUAAGAAUUGAAUGGUACUCCUCCAUCCAGAAUGUAUGACAUACUUUAACUCAAUCUGCUUCAAGAUUUAAUUCAUUUGAACAAUUCAAAUAUACACAACCAACGGAGAUAUCAUUCCACCUUUCCCCAGUCUUUCUAAUUUAACUAUUGCUAGUACUUUACAUUUUCUUUUACUCUUAUACAAGUAUUGUCUCGUUGCCCUAUCAGCCACGGUACUUAUAGUGGGAAAGAGGAGUAAAGUUACUGAAAGUCAUGUGUACAAGAGCCAAUGACUACAAUAAGAUGGCAGACUAAUACCAAUGAGAUUGAUGUAAUCUUGUUUUCGUUUCAUCUAUCUUCUAUGAACAUGGGCCGCACAGAUAGGAGCCAAUCAAAUGGAGUUAGUAAAUGAAUCUUGUUUGUUGAUUAAGGGAGGGGAAAGAACAACAGGAGUUUUGUAUUUGAAGUAGCCCAUAUCUUCGACAUUUCAUUAUAGUUAACUGAUCAAGCUGCAUAUCCUUAAUGCUCAGAAGUUAUUCAUCGAAGCAGAAUGUUGCAUUGAAGACCAUACCAUGAAGAAAUGGAUUUAUCAAGCUUCAAUUAGUUGUUUUAGACUUUAGUGAACAAAGAUGAAAGUAUAGGGCAGCUUCAUUGUAGUAUCUGGUAUUCUUUUGUUCAUUGGUUCGACUGUUUAUAUUGUGUUGAAAAGGAACUUCCGAAAGAAUUUAACCGCCCAACCCUCUUCAGAAUA